UGUGUCUGUAACCGAAGAAUCCGCAUGGGUUACUGUCCUACUGUUUGACUUUAAACCGCGUUAGAUAGGGUUAAACAGGAUUAGAUUAGUGUUAAACGGCGUUAUUCGGUGGUACGGGGCUGUUGAGAUGCUGAAGGCGCUCCGCCGCUCGCACUGCGCUCUGUCUCGGCUGCUGAGCGGAGCCGGUAGAGCCGCUGAUCAGGAGGGUCCGCGGCGGCGGCUGUGGGGCGCGCUGAGCGCAGCAGCGCUGAUGAACAGCGCGAGCGGCCCGGGCUUCACCACGCUGCACCCCUCACUCACCCCCCGCCCUGGAGCCUCCGGAGGGACCGAGCUCAGCAGCAGCAGCAGAGCGGAGAACCCAGUGAACAGCCCGCAACUCGGGUCAUUAAGUUUUAACUUGGAUUUGCUGGUGUCUCUCCUCCGGCAGGAAAACGCUGAAGACAUUUGUGUGAUUAAAGUACCAGAGGAGAUCAGAUACACAGAGUUCUUCAUCGUAGUCAGUGGGUCCUCAACCAGACACCUGAGGGCCAUGGCACAGUAUACCAUCAAAGUGUACAAGUUUUUAAAGAGGGAUUCUGAUCCACAUGUGCACAUUGAAGGUAAAGAUGCUGAGGACUGGAUGUGCAUAGACUUUGGAUCUAUGGUGGUGCACUUCAUGCUACCGGCAACCAGAGAAACAUAUGAGCUGGAGAAAUUGUGGACAUUGCGUUCUUAUGAUGAACAGUUUAGCAGCAUUCCAAACCAAAGCAUCCCAGCAGAUUUCAUCUAUGAUGCUGAAACCAAAUGACUCAAACUGGAGGCUGAAUGUACAAUGACUGUAAUGAUAAACAAUACAGAGGGUUGUACUCGCACAUGUAGGUCUCUCACUACACAAAUGGGAGUAAAUGUAAAUAAAAUUGUUUGAUAAACUA